AUGUCUGAAGACGGGCCCCCUCUCCUAAGGCCCAUCCCUCGACGCCCGUUCGACAUUAACUUUACGAGCCCGACACCCCCCUCUGAUGGCGUGUCCAGCUCGCCCAGUCCAGCCCCCGGACAGAAUUUCGAGACGUCGAGGCUUCUGUCGCCCAAGCCCAAUGGCUUCCGAGCCGCUACCCCUUCCGAGUCGGGGACAUCAAUCAGCCGAACCCAGUCCAUAGUGAACUUGACUACAUCGACCCUCUUCGGCAUCUACUCACCAUCGUCCACCGGCAAGGACCGCUCAAUCCGGCCGGACCUCGAGACACCGUGGGGGACAGGGUCGCAGACCCCCGUGAAGAGGCAGAGCCUAGACGAUACAACGUUUGAGCUGUUAAAGGAGAGGUUCCACCCGCAGGCGCUGCGAAGGCGGUCCUCACGACCUACGCCUCCAGCGCCAUCCACUGCUGCAUCGGCACUCUAUGUUACGGCCAGGGUCGCUGUGCUCUUCUUGCUGGGCAUGGGCUACGGCGCUCUAGUGACGAGACUACACGGCAAGCAUCAAUUGACCGCCUUGCCGGCCGACGGGACCAGCGGGCCUGGUUUCAACUGGAAAUACCUGACGCUGUGGGGCAUCUGCGGCGUUCUCCUCGGUGCUCUGCUGCCCUGGUUCGAUGGCGUUUGGGAGGAAGCGUUCGGUGGUGACAUGGCCGUGGUCGAUGGUGAGCGGGAUGAGACGUCGGACAACACGAACAGAUCAAGUACGGACUGGGCUCUCGGGGUCCGGAGCAUCGGAGCCUUUGUGGGCAUAGUCUUUGCCAUUCGUCGUCUUCCGUGGGCGUCGACACUGCAGCUCUCGCUCACGCUGGCCCUCGUCAACCCCUUCUUGUGGUACUUGAUCGACCGCUCUAAACCGGGCUUUUUGCUCUCCGCCGCAGUGGGCCUGAUCGGUUCCGCCGUGCUGAUGGGCGUUGACCCUGAGAUGGUGCCCACGCCGUCGGCGUCGUCGUUUCGGAACGAGACAGUCUCGAAUUCCCUCACUUUUGGCGGCCUUGCCAGUCAAAAGACGAUGGAGACGGGAAUCUGGAUGCUGAGCGUCCUAUUCUGUAGCUGCGUGUGCUUCGGCAACAUUGGCCGCAGACUCGCCUUGAGCAAGCCAUAUGCUGCCCGGGGACGAUGUGCUUAG